UUCAUAGUAUCUAUAACAGAGGUUAUCCUCAACAUUAUCCUUAAUAGUAUCUACAACAGAGGUUAACUUCAACAUUAACAUUCAUAGUAUCUACAAAAGAGGUUAUCCUCAACAUUAUCCUUAAUAGUAUCUACAAAAGAGGUUAUCCUCAACAUUAUAUUUCAUAGUAUCUACAACAGAGGUUAACUUCAACAUUAUCCUUAAUAGUAUCUACAAAAGAGGUUAUCCUCAACAUUAUCCUUAAUAGUAUCUACAACAGGGGUUAUCGUCAACAUUACUAUUCAUAGUAUCUACAACAGAGGUUAUCCUCAACAUUAUCCUUAAUAAUAUCUACAAAAGAGGUUAUCCUCAACAUUAUAAUUCAUAGUAUCUAUAAAACAGAGGUUAUCGUCAACAUUAUCCUUAAUAGUAUCUAUAUAACAGAGGUUAUCGUCAACAUUACUAUUCAUAGUAUCUAUAUGAGGUUAUCCUCAACAUUACUAUUCAUAGUAUCUAUAUAAGGUUAUCCUCAACAUUAUCCUUAAUAUUAUCUACAACAGAGGUUAUCCUCAACAUUACUAUUCAUAGUAUCUAUACAACAGAGAUUAUCCUCAACAUGAUCAUUCAUAGUAUCUAUAAAACAGAGGUUAUCCUCAACAUUAUCAUUCCUAGUUAUGCUCCAUACCUGGAGAGAUAUAGGUUACCAUUCUCCUACUGAUCUGUUUCUCCCACUAGGUCUAUUACAUGUUUUUAUUAGAUCCAUGGGAUGUUACUGAACAACUACUAUUAGGCUAUAACAUGGAAUUGGAAGAUUGCCUGUCCUUAACCCCCACUGGGCACACUGGUUGAAUCAACAUUAUAUCCUUGUCAUUGAAAUUAAAUUACAUUGCAAAGUAGAAUAUAAUUGACUUCUGUGCCCAGUGGGCCACUUUUUCACAGUUUAGUCAUGUAACCACAUUUGAAAUGACAGGAAGUUGAGAUUCUUUUGAUUUCACAGUGUGUCGACCUAUGAUCAUUAUUAGCAGCAGUUCGAGACGAAUGUUUGAAGCCCUGUAGCAUAGCCCAUUAUGUACAGUCCAGUUCUCUACAGUUCUAGGUGUUGGAUUUCAGUCUGAUAAAAUGGGAAUUCCCGAUAUCGUUAGAUAGUCUUUGUUUUUGCUCUUAGUUGUUUGUAUAUGUGUUAUCGCGCCGCGCCACUCUGGCGGUGGUCCGUCCGACGCAGCAGUUCUUUUUUACAGAGCGCGUAAGGAACCUCCACUUGUCCUACGUCACAACACGUAACGUUCCACGGGUUUCUUCUCUUUCUGCUGCAGAGUUGGAACAAGGUGUCGGGUUAAGACGCACGACUAUAAAGGAGAGGGGCAGGCAGGCUGGACACAACCAAAUAGAUAGACCGUCUGAAAGUGUUGAAACAACGAGUGGCAGAAUGACGGUUUGUUGUGAGUUGUGUGAAAGUCCAUGGAGCAGUGAGCGCUGCUCCUUUCAUCUGUUCAGCGGGGAGACAGAAAGCCGCCUGGGACUCUGCAAGAGAUUCAGGUCUACUAAGGGAGCGUCUAAAGCCAGGAGGGACCAGAUCAACUCUGAGAUCAGGAACAUGAGAACUCUGCUCCCCAUCCCUCAGGAGGACCAGGACAGACUGUCAUACCUCCACAGCAUGGCAGUUAUCACAGCAUACAUCAGGAAGAGCUUUCUGUAUAAGGGAUUAUCAGCUGAUCAGAGUCGUCUCUCCUCUUCCUCCUCCUAUCCUCUGUACGAGACAUUCCUCCCAGCCGUGCAUGGUUUCAUUCUGAUCCUCUCCUCUCGGGGCAGGCUGGUCUACGUCUCUGAGAACGUCUCUGAUUACCUGGGGCUCUCCAUGGUUGAUGUUCUUCAGGGAGACACAUUCUAUGACCUGGUGGAGAGUCAGGACGUGGAGACAGUUAGAUCUAACCUGGAGACAGACAACACAACGUCAACUGCAGAGAGGAGUUUUGUGUGUCAGAUGCACACCUCCAAGGCCUUCAGACAAGAGUACGGUAACUGCUGUUCUAUAAUGGUCCGAGGACGCUACCAGACCAUCCCACAAUCCCCCCAGUCCACCCCCACAUCCUCCCCAGACCGUGGCCGAUCUGGCCCCCCUGUGGAGAUGGUGUUCUUGGCUCUCUGCACACCCACAGUGAACCACCUGGGCAACAGCAUCUUCUCCUCCUGCUCCUCCUCCUUCACCAGCCUCCAUAGACCAGACAUGAGCUUCAGUCACCUGGACGAAAGUGUUGUGUUUUACUUGGGCUACUCAUCGGAGGAGCUGAUUGGUCGAUCGUGGUACAGCCUCCUCCACCCUGAAGACCUCUCCUUGAGUGCCAACUCACAUAAGAGUCUGAUGCAGGCAGACGAGGGUAGGCAGAUGGAGAUGGUUCUGAGGCUCCAACACAGCGACCUCUCAUGGUCCUGGAUCUACACUAGAGCCGCUAAGCAUUCUGGGAACCAGGAAGUGAGCUGCUGUAACUACAUUAUCAGUGAAACAGAAGCCAUGUAUCUGAGGAAAAACAUCCACAACGAUGCUUUCAGAGCCUCUCCUCCUCAGCCCUACUGCCCCUCUCCCACCCCCCAGCUGACCCAGAGCUGUUGCCCUACCAGGGACCUAAAGAGACAGAGAGAAUUCAGCCAGUGCAGUAGUAUAUCUGAGACUGAGAACAGGUCUAAGACCAGUAGGAGACAGAGAGCAGAGUCUAAUGCUGUUUUCUACGUGACAUCAUGUAGCUCCUCCUCUCAGGCCUCACCUGUCGCCGCCUUCUCCACCCCUCCCUACAGCCCCACCUCCUCCCACUACAACUCCUCCCUCUCUCCAGCACAGCAGGACGACACCAGCUCUGACUCUCUGUUGGAUGUGUAUGGCUACACAGAGAACUUAACCUACUACUACCAUUGCCCUGAGGGAGGGACUGAGGUAGGGACUGGGCCACCCUGCCUCCUCUCCUCCUCUAGGUCCUUCCAGCCCGGCUCGGAGCAGUCCUUCCACCAGAGUAUCUUCAGCCAGACUGACACAUUCUCUCCUCAGUCCUGCCCUUCUUCUCCCCAGCAUGAUUGCCCAGCAUGCCCUGCUGAUGCCCGGCUGGUCCCUGACUGUCUAUCUGUAUCAGACCUGUUAGAGAAUUCAGCAGACUGCCCCAUCACCAUCCAUACUGAAGACUACAGCCUCUCGGUUCAGCCACAAGGUGAUGCCACCAGUCCAUAUAGCCUCUCGGUUCAGCCACAAGUUGAUGCCACCAGUCCAUACAGCCUCUCGGUUCAGCCUCUAGGUGAUGCCACCAGUCCAUACAGCCUCUCGGUUCAGCCACAAGGUGAUGCCACCAGUCCAUAUAGCCUCUCGGUUCAGCCACAAGGUGAUGCCACCAGUCCAUAUAGCCUCUCGGUUCAGCCACAAGGUGGUGCCACCAGGACAUACCAGAGCCACCAUAUACCUCAGACUGUCGCUCCUCCUAUUGGAGGCCUGCUGACCCCUAACCCCUCCCCGACCUCCGACCUCUCCUUCCUCUACAGUGACAGAGACAAGGUAGAGAUCAGUAUCCUAGCCCAGCAGAUCUCUUCUCUGGCCUCCAGCUUCGACCUGUUCAACACCCUGAGCCCCAUCCAGACCCCACGUCAGCCCAGCUCAGAACCCCUUCCCUGGGCACAGCUCCCAGGUCACUCCCCUGUCCCCCUCCACAUCAAGCCAGAGCUGGUCCUGGAUGAGGGAGUGUUUGAUAGUCUCCUGAAGGAUCUGAGCAUGGUUCAGGGACCUGGGAGUCUGUCUCACUGCUACCAACCUCAGGACCCUUCCACCCUGGCUCUGUCUUCUCUAGUGGACCCUCUAUCCAUGCAGCAGUCAUCCCGCUCUCUCUCCCUCCCCCUGCAACACCCCUCGUCCCUCUCUCUCCCUCCCCCUGCAACACCCCUCGUCCCUCUCUCUCUCCCUCCCCCUGCAACACCCCUCGUCCCUCUCUCUCUCCCUCCCCCUGCACCCAUUUCACCCUAACCUGGAUCCCUUCGCUCUGAGGACAAGCUGUCAUAAUCAGACCUCUGAGUUGCAUCAACUCAACCUGCCCCACAGUCUCCAUCAAGGUGAUUUAUAACACAUUAUACACAGCUCAACCUGCAGCAUUAUCACACAUUAUACACAGCUCAACCUGCAGCAUUAUCACACAUUAUACACAUGAUAUAAUAACAUGCAUGUAUUAAUACCAAUAAUGACAGGAAUUAUUUUAACAUGGUAGUUGUGCUUGGGGGGGAUGAGUCAUUCCUGUGUGUUGUCUGACUGACUCUUAUUGGAGAAAAUCCUUGAGUUGAUUGAAAUGACACUAACAUGGCGUUACCAUUCUAUUUCAGAUGGGCUUGUUGAAGAAUCCAUGUACUGAUGUGAGUCUAAAUAGACUUACAGUACUAGCCCUCGUAUGGCAUAUUGUCAUGACUACCAAGUCUUCCAGCCAGAGUCCAAAAUGAAGACUUUUAAAAUAAUAAAUACCUUUUAAAGACUUCUACGAUAUUUAGUAGUUUGUACUUUUCAGGAAGUGAAUCUUAUCCAGUGGACCAAACUGCUGAGGAGCUUGUUACUAUUUUGGUGUUGUGUUAACUAUAUUGAUACCUGUUGACUGCUGUAAUUCACCAUCUGUGUUGAUGAUGAUGUUGUCCUGAUUCUGGUAGCAUUGUACUGCACUGUUACCAUCUAGAAAACUGACGAUCAGAUAUGUAGAAUUGAUGUUUCUGUGAAUGUCGAGGGACCGUAAUGAUGAUUUACUACUGAGCACUUUCUGGAUGUGUUUGAGCUACACGCGACGUGGAGACCUCCUCCCAGAGGAGGUUGAAGCAGAAUAGUAGAUUCUAAAAUGCGACCCAAAUGACACACUAUUCCCUGUAUAGUGCACUACUUUUGACCAGAGCCCUAUGGAGAUAUAGGGUGCCAUUUGAGAAACAUCCAUAGGCGUUAAAAAGAUAAUGAAGUAACUACCUCAGUAAUGCCACUACAUUCAUUCCUAGCCUGAAACUACUGUUUAGUAAGUGCGUGUAUUUAUUGGUAGAGAUGACUGUUAUACAUAUUGUUUCAUUCCCGUGUUUGUCUACUAGUUGUGCUACUGAAAACUCUUUGUUUGUAACCAUUGGUAACCAUUAUUCAGUACAUUUGUCUAGAAUACAUAUGUUGUUUUCAUAAAAUGCUGCUUGGUUGGAUGUAAUUGUACAAAAGGAAAGUAUUUUUGCAAUUGGUUUUCUAAUUUUUAAAAUGCAAGUUAUUAAAACGCAUAAAAUAUGAUUGUGAUGUGAUAUCUUAGUUAUGACAAAAUA